GCAGAAUGCAAGAGAUUAACGGAAGCUCCAUCUACAUCACAGCCAGUGAGCGUUAGAGUGCUAGCUCAGCGACGGCAAACACUCCCACUGUGUCUGUGCCGGCUGGAUUUGUCCUUCUUCAGGAAAGGAUUCAGUCCAGGCAAUCCAAUUAAUGUGAGUUUGCACUAGCUCUGGAGUCUUCGUGUCUAUUUCUUUGCCCGGGCGCGAUUGGUCACAGUCUAUUUGAUGGCAAUCGCAGCCACUAUGGUGUGUGGCUGUUAUCUGGUCCUCUUGUGCACAGCGUGCCGGGGAUCAGCUCAUAGAACCGGGCUUAGGAGCCUUGCCUCCAAGCCCAGCUGGCACGCGGGUGAUCGCGUUCUUCAGGAGUCGAGGAGUGCCGCUCUAGCAGCACCGCAGAAAGAGCGGCAGAUAGAGUAUUCGCCGUUUGUAAGCGGUUCCGUCACGCACGUGACGUGGCAUACCCCGCGGGCGAAUGGGACUGCGGGGAAAGAUUGCCGGACCGAAAUUACGAACCUGGUGGUCGGUUCGGGUGAGUUGUAUUACAUCCUGCACCAGUACUGCCAAGUGGAUGGUACUCUCGAGGAUCGGGCGCUGUUGAUUAGGAGAGUGAACUUGUCGCGAUUGCAGGACGCCAACGGUCCGAACCCGCAGGAUGUCGACUUCUUGAUAAGUUACAUGUGGCCAUUCGGGCAGCCGAACGGGACAAUAAUCCGCGAACCAGCGGAUUUUGGAGAUGCUCACGUGACAGGAAUGGGUCUGUCGAAAGAUAGGAUGCAUCUCGUCUUGAGCGUAACCAAUGGGGACCCAAAAGUAAUAUGGGACAGUGGAACCAUAUCUGGUGACCAAAAUCGCUCCAGGUUCACAUCUUUGUCGCUCGCUGACGGCUAUCGGUCGUCCUCCGGCCCUUUGAGCGAAUUGGUUCAGGCGUGGGCAUUAGAGUCUAACAAGGGUUUUCUGUACUAUUUGCAACUUGAUUCCGCAUUAAUUAACGUCACCGUUAAUGAUGUCGGGCUUCCAAACGGCCCUCUGAACCGAGUAUCCCGUUCGGACAUCCAAACGGGUAUCGAUCCUGACGAGAAGUUCCAAUCUGGAAGCCUUGUCUCUGACGGCAGUUGCCUUUACUCCGUGACUUCUAACGACGGGUUGUUCGGGAGGAAGCUUGGGGAUGGACAUUUCGACCACUCUAUAAUUGCAUACCCUUCCGUUCGAUUCCUCGGGAAAGAGAUGGACGUGGUUGCAACCCCUCAAGGUUGUCACGUGUUCACGGCCGCAAACAAUACAAUCGAGGUCUUCAAACUCUUCAAAAGGACCGAAAGGACAUGCGGCAGGGUGGGAGCCAGGUCGGCACUCCCACGUUAUUUCGGCAAAGCGGAUGUUACGGCAUUGGCACUUGGUGACAACGGCGACGGCGACGGCUUAAGCCUCUAUGUUGGAACCACCGAUGGCAGCGUGUAUAGCGUUCCGCUGAACGGGCCGGAACUGAGCCGUUGUGGAAACGAACCGUACAUUGGACGAGUCCUCAGCGACAGAUAUCCCAUCUCCCGAUAUAAACGUUCACUGAUUUUUUUCCCGGUUAAUCUGCCUUCGUCAGGACUCGCAGGCGUGAUCUAUUUGAUAGUAGUUAUUGUACCCACCCUUGGGUAUUCUCUAAUAAACGCUGUUUAUUUACUUUUAUAUGCUCCUCUGACAUUUAUGUUUAUAGCAAUAGUAAGCUGCAUCGCGUUUUGCGUUCGCCGUGUUGUAACGCGUGGACGUCGAGCUUUGGAACCGGUCAAUAUUAACCAUACCGUUCUCGCCCGGCCGACGACUUCAUCUGUUCAGGACUGUACUGCUAUGGAUUUCUGGGGACUGAGGCCGUCGCGCGUCAAGCAGUUUGGUUGGAAACUGCUGUCGGAUUGCACGGAGAAUUUUAGCGAGACCUAUCGCAUCGGCGACAAAGGGGCGUUUGGGAAAGUAUACAGGGGCUCGCUCGACGGCAAGGACGUGGCAAUCAAAGUGAUGACCGGUGAGCUGACGGAUGUGAAACGGAACCAGUUCGUGGCGGAGGUGAACACUCUCAGUGCAGUUAAUCACGUCAAUCUCAUCCAGCUCACUGGUUACUGCCAGGAGGGCAACCAGUGCAUCUUGGUGUACCCGUACUUCAGAGGCGGAUGCUUGCACGAACGGCUGUUCCCUCACACGGCUAACCAGAGGGAACUCGCAAAGGAUUCUCCUCCGCCGCUCACUCUCCAGGAGCGCAUGAGCAUUGCCUUCCAGAUUGCCAAGGGGCUCCAGUACCUACACGAUGAUGCCAAGCCUCCCAUCAUUCAUCGGGACAUCAAGAGCAGCAACGUCCUGCUUGGCGAUGGCUGUGGGGACAAACUUUACGUAGUCGUGGCUGAUUUCGGACUGGCGGCCAUCGGGGAGAGGGUGCUGGACACAGGGCACGACCAUGUUGUGAUCACAUCCCACAUUGGUGGCGCCUUUGGGUACAUGUCGCCGGAGUACAUGCUGAGGGGCGAGCUGUCCGAGAAGAAUGAUGUGUACUCCUUUGGGGUUCUUGUACUGGAGCUGCUGACGGGUAGGAAGGUAGUCACACGGGCGCCCUCUGGGGUGGGAUGGCAGACACUGGUGGACUGGGUGAAGCCUUUCCUUCGGGGCGACAGUCAAACAGCCCAAGACCCGAGCCUGGAAAUGCCACGUGCUAUUCUUGACCGCUGUUUGUGGAAUCAGAUGGCGGGAGACUCUACGAAGCAGAUGGUGAUGAACACGUUCAGAGUGGCUUGGGAAUGUGUCCAUGAAGAUUAUGGGUCAAGGCCGGCAAUGCGAGCUGUUGUGCAGCGCUUCCACAUCAUGCUUCUCGAUGUAGGAUGGGACUUCUUGAUCAGAACAAUGGACAUGGAGUACCUUCUGGCGAUGCCAGAGGCAGAGUAUACCAUCUGCAAGGACGAUGAUGCUGAGUCACAAGAGCAUCACGAAGUGUUCCUAGAGUGAGGGAAAGGAUGAGAACUGUAAAUACUCUUUGUAUAAUAUAUAUAUAUUCUGUUUGUGACGAUAUAUAUAUAUAUAUGUGAAUUCCUUUGUGUCUUAGCGAGUGAUAGCCACUAGCGUGGUACUAGUGGGUAGAUCUCUAGCUCCUGAUCUGCUUACUAACUGUUACAUGGAGUCUGCCUUGCGCACAGCCAGCAGGCUGGAAGGUGCUCAAAUCUUUCACUUGCUGGCAGGUGCAUGUCACUGUGCGGGCCAAGACCUGAAACUGCUAAUAUUUCGGUGUUUGGAGCAUUCAUUUGAUUCGGCGAAAGGUAUCUUAGAGCAAGACCGGGUAUGCACUGGACGUCUUGCCAUUGGCUGUCGCGGACGUGUAAAAGUGUUAUGGCACUGUAGCAUUGGGCUUGUAGUAGUUGUCACCAACUCCGCAUUCUGGUACUGAAUCUUCUCAAUUUAAAACGACAGACUUCAAAGGUUUUGAAGUAAUUGCGACGUCCAGAGAUCAUCGCACAAAUCAAAGAACCUCAAAAACAAAAACAAAAAAAUCAAUGACUUAAGAAAUC